GCUACCCUUGAUUGCUCCCCCUGCCUGGCACGACUACGAAGCAUUACGAUGGAAGGGUUCGGACCUCGAGGACGCAGUGCGCGACUUUGCCGCCGGCAAUGAGAACGUUCUAGCAGUGGAGCAUAUUCCGAAUCGAUUCCUGUCUUGGGAGCUCGUGGCAGCGACAGCGGUCUUCUCAUCUUCGUCAGAUCGGUUCGCCGACCUCGCCUCGGUACUUCCUCCACGCAUGGAUGCCGCAGCUGCGCAAGGCUGGUCUGCAUGGGACCUGGAGCAACUCGCGGGGCAGUGUGGGGUGGCAGUCAAACUCAGCGUUGCGCGUCAGAAGGAGACGACGACUCUGGACGCGGUCUUCAUCAAGGGAUCCCUCGACGGUGCCGACAGUGGCACCUGUAUUGCAUUCAAGACCGUCGAGUAUGACGAUGGGUCUGUCUCUCCGUUUGCUACAUCGAGGCUGCAAGAGCUGGUUUUCAGGACGCAUCUGGAGAACAACCUUCUUGAACGCCUGAGGGAGGUGCUGCCGUCGUACAUGGUCCCCGACCAACUCUUGUCUGUGGAUGCUCUUCCGCUCCAGACGAGUGGGAAGCUGGAUCGGCGACAACUGGCAGCGAUGGCAGCGAAAGACGGCAGCCGCGAUGCUCAUAGAGCCGCCGAGGACGAUCAGAAUAUUUUGCCCGCGGACGAAGUGGAAGUUCGACUGUGUGCGAUCUUCGGCCGCCUGCUGUCGGUUCGAGCAGUUUCACCCCUGGCGAAUUUCUUCCAAAUUGGAGGACACUCGCUGCUUGCGACUCGACUCAAGUCUGCGCUCGAAUCGGAGUUCCACGUCGCUGUUCCACUCAGGACGAUCUUUGCCCGUUCCACCCCUAGAAAGCUUGCGGCUAGUAUCCGCGAGGGCCUCACUUUUGCGCCAUUCGACCAGCACAUCGGUCUCCCAAUGAAGCCUAUCCUCUCCCAUUCUCACCCUUCCGACCCGUCUGACGAGCUCUCCUUAGACAUGACGACACCAUUUGACGGGACGCAUUACCAGUUAUCUUUCGCCCAACAGCGACUCUGGUUCCUCUCGAAACUCGCAUAUUACGGAUCACAGAACAUCUGCUAUAAUACUCCCUACAUCCUGGAACUAAAAGGCCCUCUGAACAUCGUCGCUCUCGAGCGCACUAUCCAGGAGAUCGUCUCUCGUCAUGAAAUUCUCCGCACCAUUUUCGUCGAGGUGAACUAUGCACCGGCUACUCAGGUCGUCGAUUUCUGUCCCCGUCUCGAGGUCAUACCCGUGGACCCCGAUACCGACGAACGAACCAUGCGCGCACUCAUGGGAGACUGUAUCCGUCGCCCAUUCGCUCUCGAUCGCGAGCCAUCGGUCCGCACAACCCUGUUCCAACUCUCUGAGAACCACUUCCACCUGCUCCUAUGCAUGCACCACAUCAUCGUCGACGGCUUUUCGUUCGACGUCAUUCGCCAGGAGCUGGCGGAGAUCUACGUCGCCUUCUCGGCCGGUAAGGACCACGAGGUCCCUCCACUGCACAUUCAGUACAAGGAAUUCGCGCAGUGGCAACGGUCGGAAGACUUCGAGCGUAUGGUGCAGCCUCAGCUCGAGUAUUGGACGAAACACCUCAAAGGCAACCAGGCGGCGGAACUGCCAACGGACUUCCCACGACCCCAACAUCUCAGCUACGAGGGGAAAGCAUACAUUGCUGAAUUUCCCUCGGAGCUUUUCACUCGGUUGGGACAGGUAUGCAGGCAGGAGCGCGUGACGAUGUUCAUGCUCCUGUCGGCCGCCUUCCGCAUGGUUCAGUUCCAGCUCACCGGUCAGACAGACGCCUCCUUCGCCUUCCCCAUCGCCAAUCGCAAUCGAGCCGAGACCGAGAGGCUCGUCGGGUUCUUCGUCAACACGCAAAUUCUCCGGCUGAAAGUGCGUCCUGGGAUGACGUUUCUGGAGCUGAUUCAACAAGUGCGAGACCUGUCGAUGGCGGCGUUCGAAUAUCAGGACCUGCCCUUCGAGCGGAUCGUCUCGAUUCUCAACCCGACUCGUGACCUCAAUCGCAACCCGUUGGCGCAGAUUAUCCUCGCUUACCAGACUGUGAAGACUGCGCCAUUCAAUAUAGGAGACGUCCAUGCUUCCAAUCCGCGAAUUAAUAUGGAUACGACGAGGUUCGACAUGGAGAUCCAUUUCUUCCCCAAGGGCGACGGCCUGGCUGGCCAGUUUGUGUACUGCACCGAUUUAUUCAAGGAGGAGACCAUCGUUGACUUGACGGAGCGGUUGCAAAAGGUUUUGGAACAGGCCGUCGACAAUGUACGCUUCGCUAUCAAUCCGCCGCGAUCCUCUUCGACGCUUCGCCAGCCGACUCCAUCUGACGUAGCUGCGUACCUGCGCGACUAUGUCCCUUGCGAGUUCCCUCUCGACAUGCCCAGGUGUUCGGACAGUGCAUCUCCACAGCGAGGGACGCAUUCCUUCGUCUUGCCACCAACCGUCCGUGAUACGCUUCGGGCCUCGUCGAUAGGCGGGGAGGAGCUUCUCACGCUGUACCUCACUGCACUCUCCGUGCUGAACCACCGGUACACUCGCCAAGAGGAUAUCACGAUCGGGCUUGCGACGAGCAAGUCACUGGAUAUCACUCCCGCUCGGCUUACCGUUUAUCGCGAUGCUGCACUCUCAGCUGCUCGCGACAAUGCGCAGACUUCGGUAGAGAAGGCAUCCGAGUUCUCUGCUGUAUCUAUCAAGGAUUUAUCCACCGCUGUACGGAGACGACAGAAGUCGUUGACGUCCGCCAUUCACGUCGUGCUCUCCCACAAGUCAAGCAAUGCACCUUCAAGGGAGCUAGGCUUGCUAGUCGACCUUGAGCUCCGCUAUGGAGAGGUCAACGAGCCUGAUUACCAACUCAUCUACGACCAGUCUCUCUUCCGGCUCAGUACUAUCGAAGUGUUCUGCGAGAACUUUGUGGACAUUCUCGAGACCAUUCUUCUUCGUCCUGACACGGUCGUCGAGGAGAUUCCAUUCCAGAACUCGGCGAAGCACUUGAAACGAUUUGGUGUCCCACUCGCCCCGCCUCCGCCUCCGCCGAUAUGCCCCCUCGUUGAUGCUCUCAAGAAGUCUGUGGAUGCGUACCCCGACAUGCUGGCCCUACAGGAGAGAGAAUUCUUGCUGACAUAUAGCCAACUGAACACGGCCACGUCCUUGCUGGCACAGAAGAUCGUACAGAUAUCAGGAGACGCGUGCGAGUUCGUCGCAAUGUGCAUCCCCCCGUCGGCCCUCGCUGUCAUAUCCAUCCUCGCCAUCGUCAAAGCCGGAGCCGCAUACGUGCCCUUGGACGUUCGCUACCCUCCAGAGCGUCUCGAGAUGCUCUUGCGCGAGAGUGGUGCAGGCCUAUUGAUCACGACCUCGCAGUCGCCAGAGUUCGCCGGCGACGCGGAGGGUAUCACCCACCUCGACAUCUCCAAUUUCCUUGCUGAGAUCGACCUCGCCUCCCCCGCCGACUUCGUCUGCGCUCCUCGCACGGAUGCCGCCUACGUCAUGUACACAUCUGGCAGCACUGGUGUGCCGAAGGGAGUGGUCGUCAUGCAGUCUGCGGUGGUCGCACUGGUCUCGAACACGGAUGUCUUCCCGUUCCAGGCUGGCGACAGGAUCGGGAUGAUCAACAACCUCGCGUGGGACGCCAGUAUCAUCGACAUCUGGUGCACACUACUUACCGGCGCUACGGUCGUCUGCUUCAAUCGAUAUGACGUUCUUGACCUGGCCGUUCUUGCGGGGCAUUUCCAGUUGUUUAGCAUCACAGGCUGCUUCAUGUCCGUUGCACUAUUCCGCCAAGCCCUCGACCUCGCACCCCAGCUAUUCCGCAAGCUCCGCAUUCUGCAGGUCGGCGGAGAGGCGUCCUACUACGAGAACUUCCAAAGAGUGAAAUCUGUUAACCCGUCGAUCCGCAUUCUCAACGCCUACGGCCCCACGGAGACUUGUGUCUUCGCCGCCACGUUCUGGACUGACGUUCCCAACAUGCCCACGUCUGGACCUGUUCCCAUUGGCUUACCAAUGUCAACCGCUCAGGGUCUCGUUGUCGAUACACAGGGUCGUCUAGUGCCCCCGGGCGUGGUCGGUGAGCUGGUGAUUGGCGGUGCUGGUGUCGGUCCGGGGUAUCUGAGGCGGCCGAAGGAGUCAGCCGAGGCCUUCGUCGAGCUUGGGUUCGACGAACUCAACCAAGGUGUGGCUCGGUAUUACCGCACGGGUGACGCUAUGAGAUGGGGCCCGGAUGGACAGUUGCAUUUCGUCGGGAGGAUGAAUGCUGGCCAGAUCAAGAUCCGCGGACAGCGACUGGAGCUCUCGGAGAUCGAAGUGGCCAUUCGCCAAACCGACUUGGCCAACGAUGCCGUCGUCGUCCAUCUCAAGUCCCACAAAGGCAAGGACGAUCUGCUCAUUGCGUACACUGUCGCUGCCGCGCCGACUUCGGCCUCGCAAUCUCAUUCCCUCUCACCACGGCUCCUCGAGUCGCUGCGCAAGAGUCUUCCAUCGUAUAUGAUUCCCCAUCUCGUGCGCUGGAUCCCGACUCUUCCUCUGACGCCUAACGGCAAGGUGGACCGCCAUCAGCUCCGAGCCCGUGCUGCGACCGACGCCGAUAGCAUGCUGAAAGACGACGCAGAGGAAGACGGAUCAGACGAGCCUGAAGAUGAGGUCGAGAAACGGCUCUGUAGGAUCAUGGAAGCUCUUCUCGGUCGCACGUCUAUUCGUCGGUCCACGAACUUCUUCGAUGCGGGCGGCCAUUCGCUCCUUGCCUCCCGUUUGGUCUUCCGGAUACAAGAAGCUUUCGACAUCUCAUUCGCUCUAAUGGACGUGUUCCACACGCCCGUAGUCAAGGCAAUGGCGGGCAAGAUCAGACAGGCGAUCGCCGCUAGGCCAGCUGAUCAAAUAUCGACGACACCUCCGACGCUUGCCCCGGUAUACGAGGAGUUCCACGUACCCCCUGUGCUCGUCUUCUCUGAGGAGCCUCGCAAGCCAUUCUUGUUCUGCGUUCCCAUGGCCACUGGUCUCGGCCACACGUUCGCUGCGCUGUCUCGCUCCACCGACCUGUUCAACGUCAUAGCUCUCAACGACCCUGGGUAUGUCGCACUAGACGACUUCCCCCAAGACCAGGUGUCGACAGGUCACGCCAACACCUUGCGCAAUCCGGGCAUGCACACCGUCGAGAACCACGCCAAGUACUACUACGCGCGUAUUGUCGAGGAGCUGGCCCGCAUCGGUACUACCAAGUCCGGCGCCGCGCCGUUCAACAUCUUGGGCUACUCCUACGGUGGACACGUCGCAGUCGAGGUGGCGCGCCUCGCGCAGGACGAGGGCUGGACCGUCAACCUGUUCGUGCUCGACACGUCGGUGCACCCGGUGCAUGAGGCCAAGCUAUCGCAGACGCAGAUCGAAGAGGCCGCGCAUGUUGUCCUACCGACUGUGAUGAGCGUCGUGGAGCUGCCGUUCGGCAACAUGGGAGAGCAAGGAGCACGUCUGAAGCACGACAUCGAGGUCCGCACCCUCACCAACAUCCAUACGCUCCAUGCGCAUGUGAUGCCGCGGUACGAGGGGCAUGUCACGUUGUUCCGCACAGAGUCGAAUUCUGGCCACGGCUUCGUCCCGCUCGUUGGCUCGUUGGACGAGGUUCUCCUGCACGGGAACCACUACCACCUACUCGAAGAAGAAUCUGGGAAUCUGUCCGUGAUUAGUGCUAAAGUUUCUGCAGUCCUCAAUGCGUAGGUCUCGUCGUCUCUGGUCAGUUGUAACUGUUGUAUAUCUUGCUGUAUUGCACCGUUUCCGCUGUAUAAAUAACAUCGAGUUCAUCUUCG